AUGCACUCCGCGUUCCCCGAAGAGGGGAGGGCCUGGACCCGCCCGACUCUCGGUGCUGCAGAGCAGCAAAACCCUGCAGCAGCAGCAGCAGCAGCAGCAGCAGCCGCUGCUGCUGCUGCUGCUGCUGCUGCUGGGGCUACGCCGGCCGGCACACCGCCUCCCCACAUGUCCCCACCGCUGCUGCGUCCCUGCCCGGGGGCUGUUCCCGAGGCCGCAGCAGCAGCAGCAGCUCCUGCUGCUCCUGCUGCUGCUGCUGCUGCUGCUGACGGGUUUGCUGCUGCUGCGCUUCAGCAAGAAGAGGGGCCCUUCUUGGCUGAGGAAGACUUCGGAGACCCUGUGGCCCGCCACAGCAGCAGCAGCAGCAGCCCUGAGGAGUCUUACUAUGGGGGCCCCCUGAGGGGUGCUGCUGCUGCUGCAGCAGACCCAGCAGCAGCAGCAGGAACUGCAGCAGCUGCAGCAGCAGCAGGUGAGAGCCUCCUAGACGACUGGCGAGACGCGCCAGACCCCACAACAGCAGCAGCAGCAGACCAUGGAGCAGCAGGGACCAAUGCGCGUGCUGCAGCAGCAGCAAUGCAGCAGCAGCAGGCAGCAGCAGCUGAACAGAUGAGCCGCAUGCGUCUGCAGCAGCAGCAGCAGCAGCAGCCGUCAGUGUGUGCAUGCGGGGGAGAGUCUGUUGCUGCUGCUGUGGACCGUUUAGCUGCUGACAUGAAGGAGAUGCGGCAGCAGCAGCAGCAGCAGGAAGCGCUGCUGCAGCAGGUGCUGCAGCAGCAGAAGAGUGCGCAGCAGCUGCUGCAGCAGCUGCUGGGGGCCCUGCAGUCCGGGCGGGGCUGCGUGGAGACCGCAGCAGCAGCGACUGCAGCAGCAGCAGCAGCAGCAGCAGCAGCAGGCAGCAGCAGCGACGCAGCAAGAAGGGGCUUCAGAAGGGGACACAUUGUGUCUCCUCCAUGUUCGCCAGCAGCAGCAAACGGGGCGAGCAGCGAGGCCUUGCUGCAGCAGCAGCAGCAGCAGCAGCAGCUGCUGCUGCAGCAGCGCCUGGCGGAGGAGCGGCGGCAGCAGGAGCUGCUGCAGCAGCAGCGCGAGCAGGAGCAGCGGCGGCUGCUGCUGCUGCAGCAGCAGCAGCAAGAAGAGAGGCAGCGCAGGGAGCAGCAGCAAAAAGAAAGGAAGCAGCAGCUGCAGCAAAAACACCAAACCCUCAUGUCUUCUUUAAUAAAGGCUGGGGGCCCCAGCAGCAUUUUCGCAGAGCCGCAGCCCACAGGUGCUGCUCCUCGCAGCUUAUUUGAUGACUAA